AUGUCGGAAGAAUCCGCAAAACAUGCGACAAACAGCGUAGUGCUGAAAGUCGGAAUGGUAGGAGAUUCGCAAAUAGGAAAGACGAGUUUGAUGGUAAAGUAUGUAGAAGGAUCUUUUGAUGAAGAUUAUAUUCAGACUAUAUGGGAUUUGGGAGGACAACGUGAAUUCGUGAAUAUGCUACCACUGGUGUGUAAUGAUGCCAUGGCGAUCUUGUUCAUGUUUGACCUGUCGCGAAAAUUCACCCUUAAUAGUAUUAAAGAAUGGUACCGACAGGCGAGAGGUUUCAAUAAGAUUGCGAUUCCAUUUUUAAUUGGUACAAAGUAUGAUCAAUUUGCCACAUUUCCAAAUGAAGAAAAGGAAGAAAUUACAAAACAGGCACGUCGAUUCGCAGCCGUAAUGAAAGCUCCGUUAAUCUUUUGCUCAACCUUACAUUCGAUUAACGUGCAAAAAAUUUUCAAAAUAGUCUUAUCAAAAGUAUUCGAUUUGAAAUGCACAAUACCGGAAAUUACAGAAGUCGGUGAACCUAUCUUGGAGUAUAUUUAUACUCAAGACUCUCAGCAGCAUGAAGAAGCGCCUGAUUCCGGCGUGUCGGCCUCUGGGCUAAAGCCCUCUUUGUUCGCGCAUAUCUAUGAUGACCGCGUCGACAUCUUAGACACGAAUGGAUCCAACACUUUCGACCCUGAUAAAUGCAAGUUUUAUCGAGGAUGUCUUAUUUGUGUAUUUCAAGACCAUCGAACAAAUCCUAACCCAAAUCUAACUGGUAAAUGGACCGCUUUACGACCAAAUUCCAACACUCUUUGGGAGGAUAUUCUAAGGAUGAAUCAGGCUGCCGGUGGUAUAUGGACAAAUCAAAAGGCGGUUGAGUUAGAAUCCAAAUUAUUGCUUGCGAUACAUCCUAAGCCAAAUUUAGACCCAAAAUCUACUUUUCCGGGUCUUACAUCUCAACCUGUAAAAGAUGAUAAGGAAUUGCCUUUAUUCAUGCAUCGUGAUAAGCCCAAAAAACGAAAGAGGCUAUUGAAUUCGUUAGAGAUUGAGUUGGAACGUAAAAAUAAAGCUGAACUCGCUCAUUUGAUGAAAACGAAGCAUCCGCGAAAUCGUAAAAAAUUCAAGCCAGAUUUUGCACAAGAAACAAUGUUCACAAAGAACAAAGUGCGAAAGAUAAUUACACCCGCUGAUUCAAACGGCAAACAAAAAUUGUUAGCUCAGUCUUCACAAGAUCAGAGCAGAACACGUAGAACUCUGAUAAAAAGAAUGCGUUGGGAAGAAAUUUUAACCACAUCAGGAGAUCAAAAAACCAAAUGUCAUACUAUACUUUUAGUUUAUAUGAAUGUAAAUUCCAAAUACGAUAUGUUCAUAUAUAAAAUCAACGAAUCAGACUUUGCUAGCUUCCCCGAUCCUCAAAGGUUUAUUCAUGCAAUUGACGAAGAUAUGAUUGUUUCGGAAUUAAAAGAUAGCCGAGCUGACCUAACCUAUUCAUUUGAUGAUGAGGAAAAAUGGAAAGGUUUUGUAAAACAAUUCACGGUGUUGUAUGGAUUCAAAAAUGAAUUGAAAUUUGUCUGGAGUCUUGCCGAAGAAGAAGAAAAAUCGUUGGUUGACGCAUUAAAACAAAUUGCAAGCACUAUUGGGGAGAUAACAACACCGGAACAGGUCCACAAUAAAGAUGCGCGACAAUUAAUUGAGAAGUAUUUCUCCGAGGAGCCCCCUGAUCAUUUACCUCAACCUGUGUAUCAAUUCACCUAUAAAGAUAAAAAGCAAAUUAUAGCACUCGGAACUGUACAAGAUUAUAUUAAUGCUGGUGACGUAAACAAGAAAAUGAUGAACAUCAAGAAUCGCGAACCUCCCACUGCACCCUUAAUAAAUGACACACCCGCAAACUUUUCGUCUGGCCAUAUUCGAAAGCCAUCAAUGCAAAAUAAUCCCAUAGCAAAUUCAUCAUAUACUUCAAUUCAAACGGAACCUGGAAUUUCAAUGCCUGCUACUUCAUUGAAUCAAGCUGCGACAUCUCUGAUACCCAAUACACCGAUAAAUCAAACCUUGGUGCCUCCAAUGACCAAUACACCAUUAAAUCAAAUACCGAUUUCGACAAUUCCUAAUAUGCCAAUGAAUCCAAUUAAUACAAUCCCCAAUUUACCAAUGAAUCGAGUUUCUAUGCCGAUGUCUACGAUGUCUAAUAACAUGCCAGUCUCAGUAGGAGCAAUUCCAAAUACACCACUUAAUCAGAUGGCGACACCAUCAUUACCUGCUGCGGCGGUACGACAAGUUGUAACACCCAUAAUGGGAAAUCAACAAAUUCGUCAGGUUAUACCCGGUGUACCAAUGGGACAAUAUCCGAGGAUAUCGAUGUCAUCAGCACAAUUGCAACAAUUACAGCAGCGACAGGGAGUGAUUUUACAGGGUGGAAAUGUUCAACAACUUCUAAUGAAUCGUGGUGGCGCGAUGGUAGGAAAUCCAUCACCAAUUAAUGGUGCUCGAAUACCGGUUAAUCAAGCUGCCGGAAUUGGCAUAAAUAAUGUCUUUAAUUCGACAAAUCAUCUUUUAAUUGAUGGGCUCAAGCUUACGGUCGUUGUGCCUUUUAGAAAUCCCCAUAAUGAAAUUCAGUUGCUUAAUCGUAUGGAAUUACCUCAGGACGCGACAGGUAGAAAAUCAAAAAAAAAUUCAAUCAAGGUGGCACGCUGGUCAGCACUCGGAUUAGGUAUUUUGUAUGGCUGGACACACCAUCAAUCACUUGUGCACGCCGAGAAAAAGCGAAAAGAAGAAGAAGCAUAUAAACAUAAACAAGAGUUAAUCGAUAAAGCGAGGGCUGCUUAUGCCGUGAAAAUUAAUACCCAAAUGAUCCACGAUUCGAUUUAG